AUGCCUCUCUCCACCUUGCCUGCCUUCCUGUCUGUGUGUGCCAUUGAAGAGCAAGCCAAAAAGAUAGUUGAGGUGGUGUUACAAAAGUCGGUGAAGGCUCUAACUAACCCUGGCCAACGGUACGACGAUGACAGUGAUUUUGCGCCGGAGUCAGAACCAGAAAACAACACAGACUCCUUGUCAGAAACAGAGCCAGAGCAGGGUGACUGGAAAGUGUAUGUGUCCACUGGGAGCAUGGAGGAUGCUGGGACUGAUGCAGAAGUUACGCUGUACGUGUACGGAGACGAGAUGUGCUCGGAGCCCAUCCAACUGGGGCUGGGGAAGGAUGGUCUGUUCCAACAACACACUGCUGACAAGUUCAAGGUGAAUGUGAAAGGUGUUGGUGACAUCUACAAGGUCCGGAUAGGACACAACAAUGAAGGGGAUAGGCCUGACUGGUAUCUGGAGAGACUGAAGAUGAAGGACCUGAAUGAUUACCAGGUUUUGAACUUCAAGUUUAACCGCUGGCUGUCUCGCUCGCGGGACGACGGUGACGUAUGGAGGGAGUUGCCGGUUGUCCGACCAGGGGUCGAACCAUUGCCAGUCCUGACAUAUCAGGUAGCAGUAUACAUGGGUGCAGAAUCAGAUGCCAGCUUUACAUCCAACCUUUGCAUCACCAUACACGGGAGUAGAGGAGACACUGGGUGUCGGCUGCUCCACAGGCCGCUGAACCACACCCAUGCCAAGUUCCAGCCAGGACAGAUGGACCUGUUUGCAGUAGAGGCCGUGUCACUGGACCGUCUGAAGAAGGUUGUCAUAGCACUGGAGAAUGAGUCAGGAGAUGGGGUGUUCCUGGACAAGGUGGUGAUUAAGGAGUCUGCAGAGUCCAACAAAGAACAUGUGUUCACCUGUAACCAGUGGCUACACAAGGACAAGGGAGACGGGCAGACAGAGAGGGAGCUCAGUCUGGAAGGUGAGGAGUGGAAGGUUUGGGUGACCACAGCUACUGACUCCAAGUCUACCCAUGGGUCCCAGGCUACACUGGUCAUCUAUGGUGAUAAAGGGAAGUCAGAGGAGCUUGUCUUGGCUAAUGAAGAAACCAAGUGCUUUGAACCAGGAGCAACUAAUGAGUUUCAGGUCUCUACAGCAGACUUAGGAGACAUCUACAAAAUCCGGGUUGGAUAUGAGGACGAGGACAAGUGGGAUGGAUGGCACCUGCAACAGGUGAAACUCCAAGCUCAGUCCUCUGGGGAAGAAUUCCUGUUCAAGUUUGACCGCUGGCUGUCACGGACGGAGGACGACUAUGACAUUGUCAGGGAGAUGGCCAUCACAAAGGACAGUCACAGUGUACUACCAGUGUUGCAGUACUAUGUGUCAGUGUACACUGGAGACCACUGGGGAGCCCACACUGAUGCUAACGUCUUCAUCACCCUGUAUGGGGAGAGGGGAGACUCAGGGAGGAGGAGGCUCUUCCACUCUACCACUAAUGCAGUGAAAUUUGGCAAAAAACAGGUGGACACAUUCCUGAUGGAUGCUGUAUCCCUGGGCCAGCUCAACAAGGUUGUCAUCGGACAUGACGGAGUAGGGUACGGUGCCGGGCUGUACGUGGACGCUGUGACGGUGCACGAGGGGGAAUCGGCAGUGUCCGAGUGGUUCUUCCCAUGUGGUCACUGGCUGGACGAUCACAUGGAGGACAGUUGUACAGAGAGGGAACUCUCACUCUUAGGGCUGCGUCCAGUGGAGGCUACAGAAGAGCUACAGCGCCUGAGCAGCUCAGAGGACCGAGAAAACAAAAAGUCGAAUGGUAACUUUACUGUGUACCUGAGGAGCAGUGACAGUGUGGGUACAGGAAGCAGGGCUAAAGUCUGGCUCACAGUGUACGGGGAGACUGGGAACUCUGGCCCCAUCAACCUGGGCACGGACCAGGACAACGGCAAGUUCAGCACGCCGGGCAAGGAAGCUGUCUUUGAUAUCAAGGCUGGUGAGAUUGGAGAGCUGACUAAGAUCCGUGUAGAGUUGGAGCCAGAAAGCAAGCCAACCACAUGGCAACUAGACUCAGUGCUCCUGCAUGACCAGGACACAGGUGAGGACCUGACGUUCCACUGUGACUGUCAGCUGAGUGAUGACCCUGACACCGGCAGUCUGCAGAAGGAAGUCCCUGUACUCAGAGCUGGCAAAAUGCCACUGCCUGUCUUGCAGUACUAUGUCAUGGUGCAUACUGGGGACAUGGAGGGAGCAGAGACUGCUGGGAAUGUUUACCUGUGUAUCUAUGGCAACAAGGGAGACACAGGCAAAAGACAGCUUCACAAGUCCCUCACAAAUGCUGUCCCUUUUCUGAGAAAACAGGUGGAUGUCUUUGUGUUGGAAGCAGUGUCAGUUGGAGACAUCGAGGUCCUGAAAGUUGGACAUGAUGCUGACAAACCUGGAGAAGGCUGGUUUGUGAGUAAGGUAGUUGUGAAGGAGAGUGAGUAUGCACCAACAGAGGCAGUCUUCACCACAGAGUGUUGGCUGGAUGCACAGAAGGAGGAUGGUAGACUGGAGAGAGAGAUCCCUCUGGAAGUUGUUCAGCCAGCCUCUCCUAACCCAAAGCAUCAGAAAGAUGGAGAUAAGGAAGACAAGGAAGAUGAAACCACUCAGGGUACCUGGGACAUCUGGGUGACUACGGGGUCUGACCGAGACUGUGGUACAACAGCCAAGGUGCAGCUUGUAGUGUACGGAGAACAGGGUAACACUGAGCCUAUUGCACUAAACAAGACGUUUGAGGCAGGGACGACACAGAAACUUGAGAUAAAGAUGAAGGACCGUCACACGAGACAAGAGUUCCUGUUCACCCCCUGCACGUGGCUGUCUGACCAGAGUGAACAAGGUGCCAUGAUCGAGCUCCCUGCCAUCAGGCCUGACAUACCACCACUAGAAGAGAGGACGUAUGAGGUAUCUGUCUACACGGGAGACGUACCUGCGGGCGGUACGGAGGCCAGGGUGUACUUCACCAUAUUUGGUGACCAUGGCGACACAGGGAGACGGAUCCUCACUAACUCCAUCAACAACACUGACAAGUUCCAGCAGGGACAGGUUGAUGUGUUCCAUAUAACUGCUCUGGACGUGGGGAAACCAAAGUACAUCAACAUUGGUCAUGACAACCUGGGAAGAGGUGCAGGUUGGUUCCUGGACAAGGUGACCCUGAAGGAAUCUCCAGAAGCCACGUCAGAGUACAUCUUCCCCUGCUCCAGAUGGCUGGACAGCAGCAUGGAGGACGGCAAGACUGUCCGCACCCUGCGUCUGCUGGGGGAGGUCAACGACGAUGACAACACGCGGGAAAAAGACUCCGUCACAGAGGGAGAGUGGAAGUGCUGGGUGACCACCAGUAAUGUCCCAGCUGCGGGGACUGACUCAAAUGUCUACAUCAAGGUGUUUGGAGAGAACGGUGUCUCCGAGGACAUACUGCUGAACAACAGUGACAAGAACUUCCAGAAGGGACAGAUGGAUGAAUUUGAUUUGCAUCUUGGGAAGGAUUUGGGAGAAAUCUACAAGCUUCGAGUGUGGCAUGAUGGGAAGACAUCCUGGCACCUACAACAGGUCAAACUCCUGGACAUGCACACUAACGAGGAGCUGAAGUUUGACUUUGACUGCCGCCUGGUGUCGGAGGGACAGGAGGGUUCCAUGGUCAGGGAGCUGCCGGCCAUCAGGACAGGAAAGGACAUACUGCCAUUGGUGAACUACAAUGUUAGCAUCAUCUCCAAGCCUUGUGAAGGCAACUCCAGUGAGAGACCACUGUUCAGCAUCAACCUAGUUGGUGAGAGGGGAGACACUGGUGUGAGACCACUUCUUGCUCAGCCGGAGGUUGAUGUCCACCAUGUAGAAGCUGUGUCUAUAGGAAAGCUGCAAAGAGUUGUGUUGAGAAAAAGCCCAUCCUACCCACCGUAUGUCACCAAAGUGGUGGUGAAGGAAGGAGACUUUGCUAGGACAGAGACAGUGUUCCAACAUGAAGGGUUUGUUGGUGAUCAUGACCGACCACAGGAUGAGGCAGAGCAGGAACUCACAGUGUCUGAAGUGGCAGUCUGCACUCCGUCAGAUAGAAGAGACAAAGAGGAGAUUCAGACUCAGGGAGAGUGGCAGGUGUGGUGCACGACCAAUGAGCACGCUAACGCAGGCACACACGCCCAGGUGCACCUGGUGGCGUACGGAGACAGGGGGGACAGUGGGCUGCUCACGCUGCAGAACGGCGAUCAUGACUGCUUCUCAUCAGGCAGGACCAGCGAGUUCAAGGUCAAUGUUGGGUCCAUUGGGAACGUUUAUAAGAUCAGGAUUGGGCAUGACAACACUAAGGAGUACCCCGGCUGGUUCCUGGAAAAGAUCCGUAUGAAGGAUGUGCACACCCUGGCAGAGUUCAGCUCCCAGCCCAGACGCUGGCUGGCCACAGACUCCAGUAAUGGGGAUGUGUGGAUGGAGAUCCCCACAGUCUGGCCUGGAGAGGACACACUUCCAGUGCUGAAGUACCAGUUGGAGGUCCACACCACUGACCAGUUCAGCGCUGGGACAGACUCCAAUGUGUACAUCACCAUAUAUGGGCAGAGAGGGGACACAGGGAAGAGAGAGCUGGUCAGGUCACAGAACAAUGACAUGAAGUUUGAGCAGGGACAGAUGGAUCUGUUUGAACUGGAAGCUGUGUCCCUCGGGGAGCUACAGAAGGUUGUCAUAGGCCAUGAUGGACAUGGACUAGGAGCCGGCUGGCAUCUGGACAAGGUGGUCAUCAAAGAGUCUCCAGGUGCAGAGGAGAAGUACACCUUCCCUUGUGGCAGAUGGUUGGAUGAAAAUGAAGAUGACAAGCAAACAGAGAGAGAACUGCUGGUACAAGCAGAGAGCUCAGCCAAGUCUCCUGACCAUGCCCAGGCCACAGAGGACACCACAGACAACAAAAAAGAUGAGUGGACGGUGCGUGUGACGACCAGUGAGGAUGUGAAUGCGGGCACUGAUGCACAGGUCACCCUGACUGUGUACGGAGACAAGGGGAACUCAGGACCCCUACAGCUGGGGGUCGGACAGAGCGGCUUCUUUGAGAGAGGGAAGAUAGACGAGUUUGAUGUGAAGGUGGGAGAUGUUGGGAAAAUUUACAAGAUCCGCCUGGAGCAGGACAACAGUGGAACAGACCCAGGCUGGAAAGUGAACAAGGUGGAGCUGGCUCACCCCAGUACAGGUGAGAACCUUGUGUUCACCUGUGAGCGCUGGCUGGCAACCAACCAGGACGACGGGCAGACCUGUCGAGAGCUGCCCACUGUACGAGAGGGGGAGGAAACACUACCAGUCCACCUGUACCAAGUUGGUGUUCACACGGGUGACCUGGAGGAGGCAUCUACAGACUCUAACGUCUACAUAACCAUGUAUGGCAAGAGAGGAGACACUGGGAAGAGACAGCUGGUCAACAAACUCAAUGAUCAUACAACGUUCCAGAGAGGAAAGGUUGACCUGUUUGAGGUGGAGGCUGUGUCCCUGUCUGACCUGUCUAAGAUUGUGAUUGGCCAGGACGGCUCCAGGUCAGACUGGUACCUGGAGAAAGUGCUCAUCAAGGAGUCUCCCUCCAGCAAGGAGAGCUUCCAGUUUCUCUGUAGCAGUUGGCUGUCCAAAGACAGAGGUGAUGGACAGUUGGAGAGAGAAGUGCCUGUUAAGAAGCAGGACUACAUCAUCCAGGUGUACACCGGAGAUAAGUUUGGUGCAGGCACUGACUCCACUGUGCACAUGGUCAUCCAUGGAACCCAAGGGGUCUCUACAAGACUCAAGCUCCUCAACAACAUGGAAGAUCACAACAAGUUUGAAUCUGGAGGGGUUGACACCUUCCUAUUAGAGACCUUGCCAGUUGGAAUCCCCAAGAGGAUUGUGAUAGGGCAUGAUGGGAAGGGAAGAGGGUCUGGUUGGUACUUGGAUAAGGUGAUCAUCAAAGAAUCUGAGUCUAUGGAUGAGAAGUUUGUGUUCCAGUGUGACAGGUGA